UCAACCAACACAAGAUACAAUGAGGUGGCUCAUUCUCAGUUUGGGUGUUUUCUUGCUCUACGUUGCUUUUGCAUCGGGUAGGAUCAUCGUGGAAAAUGAAGAAGAGGAAGUUUUUGAUUUAGUGCCGGCAGCGUCUCAUCACGGACAUUCUAGUCACCACGAAUCAGGCGGUGGUUCCAAGCACCACGGAGAUCACCACUCCGAACAUGGAGAAAAAGGCGAUAAAGGCUACAAAAGCGACCAUCACCACGAAAAAGGCGAACACGGCAAGCACGGGAAAGAACACAAAGAAGGCCACCACGCCGAAAAAGGUGGACACCACAAGAGCCACCACGACGAGGCUGACCACUACGAUGAACACCACGCUGAUGGAAAACACCACAAAGGCGGGAAAUUCGGCGAGAAGAAAGGACACAAGAAAGGACAGAAGACCACUGGUUAUCAUCACAAAUCACACAAAGACGACUACCACAAGCAACACAAAUUCUACGAUGACUAUCACAAAUCUGGACAUCACUCCAAACAUGGACACCAUCACGGACACCACGGAAGCAAAGAGGGACACCACAAGAAGGGAGGAAACCACAAAUCUGGAUACCAUGACGACCACUUCGGAAAGAAGGGACACGCUGAUAAAGGACAUUACGAUGAGGACCACAAAGGGUUCAAGGGUCACCAUGGGCAUGAAAGUCAUCACUCCCACCAUGAUGAUUAUGGAAAGAAAGGUGCAAGCUCUGGUGGUAAAGAGUAUGGUUUCAGCGAUGGACACCACUGAAUAUUUUCAAGUUGUUAAAGAAUUUUGCUUGUUAAUUGUUAGUUUUUGUAUUAUUGAGAGGUCUAGAAGACGCAGUUCUGGUUCUCUCAUUUGUUGAUUUGUUUUUGAUACAAUACUCAUUAAAUUCUGUUUAAAAUUA